AAUUGGUGGUGAACUAUCACCCUAAACUGCCGUUCAUAAUUCGUCCGUUCGUUCUUACGGGCCAUCGCAAGCCAUUUCGGACAGAAAAGAAGCAGAAGAAGAUAGACAUAGAGAGACGGGGAUGCAUUCCUUCGGAUACCGUGCGAACGCGGUGCUAACGUUCGCCGUGACGAUACUGGCGGUAAUGUGCGCCAUGGCCUCUCUCUCCGACACUCUCAACGUUCCCUCUCCGUCUGCAGAUGUCAAGGUGCUGAAUGUGAACUGGUUUCAGAAGCAGCCCAAUGGACAUGAUGAGGUCAGCUUGGCAUUGAAUAUAUCAGCAGACCUACAGUGGAUGUUUACAUGGAACACAAAACAGGUAUUCGUUUUUGUAGCAGCUGAGUAUGAGACCCCACAGAAUUCUCUGAAUCAGGUGUCUCUUUGGGAUGGUAUUAUACCCUUAAAAGAGCAUGCAAAGUUUUGGAUUCAUACCACAAACAAGUACCGUUUCAUCGACCAGGGAAGCAAUCUCAGGGGCAAAGAUUUCAACUUGACACUGCACUGGCAUGUCAUGCCCAAGACUGGCAAGAUGUCUGCUGACAAAAUAGUCAUGGCUGGAUAUCACUUGCCCGAGGAAUAUAGAUAGCCUUUUCUAUUUUCUAAAUUUUCUUCUCUUUCUUCUCUGAAAGAUCAAUGUUAGCCUUUUUUUAGCACACGUCCGAAGAUGAAAACUGGGAAAUUUCAGGUGGUGGGGAUUGAAUGGAAAUGAUGAGCUUUACUUCAAAAUCUUCUUUUGUGAGAGUCCAGGACGCCUGGGUAGACUGAAGAAACGAUAUGGGUCAUGCCAACCUGCUACAUCUGUGCAAGAUCUUGGCCAUUCAUCUUGUUGUCCAUGAACAUGUCCUGGACCAACUGUAGCUGUGUCCCACACUUGCAUGCU